GCCUUUCCCAGUUUGUCACUCCCUGUCGGAGCAUCGCAUUUCGUCGGGUGGCUGUGUCAUGUCAUAUAUCACAUGGUAUGAUACAAUACCAGUAAUUAAGCCCUUAUCUUAUCUGAUCAGAGCUAGGGCAAACCCUAAUCUCGUCCAGGACUGCUCUCACACAAGGAGAAUAUUUGGCGCCACCAAUUCUGGGCAAUGCACAUCACAAAUUGUCAAAUUCACGACCGACGACAACAAUUGCCCAACGAGCCACCUAACAAACCGAUACACAGAUCCUAACAUCCAGCCUUCACCAUGGUAUGUCAAUUUCUGCCUGCCGCUACAAUCUGGGGCCAAGAAAGGGGAGGGGUAGAAUACUGAUGGCUGAAAUUUGUAUAGCCCGGAGUCAAGACCUCAACUUUGUGGACCAAGUCCAAGACCGACCUCCACAAGCAACUCGAGGACCUCAAACAGGAGCUUGCCAAUCUUCGCGUCCAGAAGAUCGCCGGUGGUGCUUCGUCCAAGCUUACCAAGAUGUAA